AUUAAACAAGAGAAGAAGAAGAAAUUGAAACUGAAAGUGUGCCUUCAUCUUCAAAUAAGACGCCAUUUUCAGUCUAGCGAAAACCAAAACACAUUCCAUCCUAACUAUUGUCAUGGCAUCAGAGACAAUUGAAGUGGCAGCUCUAGGAAGACCUCUGUUUCCUGGUAUGCUGUAUGACUGCCGCAAGGACACCUUCAUUCCAGGUGUUACUCUGUGGGAUAAGAAGUCACUUAGUGAAGAUUUGGACAGUCAUCAAAAGCCCAUGACAGAUUUGAAGUUCAGUAGCUCCGACUCUCUCUCUAGUAAGUCCAGUGUCCUGGAUGUAAGUGCUUCCCUGAAGGCCAGCUUCUUGGGAGGGCUGGUGGAGGUGGGAGGAUCUGCCAAAUACCUGCGUGACACUAAAUCCUCAAACCAACAGUCCAGAGUUACAAUGUAUUACAAAGAAACCACAAUAUUUAAACAGCUCACCAUGUCCCAGCUGGGCCAGAUCACCUACCCUGCGGUGUUUGAGCAGAAAACUGCGACUCAUGUAGUCACGGCUGUACUGUACGGAGCUCAGGCCGUCAUGGUGUUUGAUCGGACAUUUUCAGAAGAGGAAAACAAGCAGGAGAUUGAGGGAGAGCUGAAUAUCAUGGUCAAGAAGAUUCCUCUAUUUUCCAUUGAGGGAAAAGGAGCUUUAAAUAUGACAGAUGGGGAUAAGAAAGUGACUGAGAGCAUCUCCUGCACAUUUUAUGGUGACGUCCGCCUUGAGAAGAGCCCCACCACAUACAUAGAGGCCCUGGAGGUGUACAAGAAUCUCCCCAAAACAAUGAAGGAGAAUUCAGAGAAAGCAGUUCCAAUAAAAGUCUGGCUCUAUCCUCUUUCUCUUCUGGAUACAAAAGCAGCUCAGUUGGUGAGAGGAAUCACCACACGUCUGGUUUCCUACACUGAAGAUAUAAUAGAGGGGCUGUUAGAGGCAGAGAGGACAUGCAACGACCUCUCCAAUAAUAUAGUGGUAAAUGAUUUCAAAGACGUCAAAGAGAGGCUCAGUUCAUUUCAGGGCUCUCUUAACAUUUACAAAUCAGUGCUCAUGAAAGCUGUGGCCAGGGUCUUGCCUGCUAUACGAGGAGGAGAGAUGGAGGAGAAGUCACUGGAAGACAUCCUGAAGAUCCACUACAGCUCCCAUUUUAAAGCUGACAUGCUUAACCAGUGGUUAGAUGAUGCCAAGUUUGAACUUGACCUCUUGAGUUCUCAAACCAAGAAGCUGGAGGGAAUCAAAACUGAAGACUCAAACCGUCUCAAGAUCCUCCUCUCUGAUCCUGAUAUUGAUGUUUUGGUGUGCUUGACCUUCACAUCUCUGAAGUAUGAAGACCAGUAUCUUUCAGCUCUGAAGAAGUUCCUAGAAUCAGAAGAGUUCAAGAAACUAGAAGUGGUAGUGAAAACGUGCUCUAGCAUGUUCAUAUCAGAAGAGUGGUUCAACGAUCCUGAUGUCAUCUCAAAGAUGAGAGAGAACUUAUCUCUUUUCAAAGGUUUUUCAGAGGCCUACAAAGAUGAAAAGAGAUACCGAUUCAUUAUUUCUGCCAUCUCCGAUCCAUCCAGUCCAGGCUCCUCCAUCUAUCUGUAUGAAAAGGGGAAGCUGACAGACACACAGUUCCAGCCCGUGUUGAAGCCUCCCCCACCAGAAGUGAAGGAUGUGAAGGAGCGCAGUGUGUCCCUGAAACUGCAGAAGUCCCCGACUGGAGAAACUGUGCAGUACAGAGUGGAGUACAAGCAGGUGAAAGAGGAAGAGUGGCAUGCCAAAAACACAGCUGAUGAAGACUUUACUCUGACUGAGUUGGAGCCUGAAACACAGUACUUGAUCCGCUACAGGAUUGUGGGUAAAGUGGGAGUGAGUGAAGCCAGUGACACUAUCGGCCCCAUAGUACAACUAUGGAUGAUUUGGGAGAACCUGGAGAAGAAAACGUUCAUGGGUCUGGAGUGCUGGAGGUGAAGGACACACGUUGAAGACCAGUACUGAUCAAACACCGGUCCAGAAGACAUCUGCUGUCCAUCAUACAGAAGAAAGUAAGAACUGGGACUCAAGUUCUCAGUGAUUGCUGGAGGGAAUACAGUACAACACCGUUCAUUCAUUAUCAGCAGAACCACAGACGCUCCUCCAUCCACACCCAGCUCAUAUAAAGAACAUAUAUAUCGUUACAGGAGAAACCUCACCAAACGUUCAUUACAAGGAAAUCUACUGGCUUGGGAAGGAUCACAGACAUUUACCCAUUGACUGCUUAAUUCAUGACAUUAAAAAAGUAUAUACAUUUAAAUGAAACAAAACGAGACUUUAGUCAUAACUGGAAGAAAGUUCUUCGUCCUUGUGUGAUAAUCUUUAUACUUUCACGUACUGUACAAAAGUCUACUCACCCGAGUUAUUGUUAUAUUUUUUUAAAAACAUUGUCUUUUACUGUAAAAUGCCAAUUGACAUAAAAACUGUGUAAAGAUCAGAAAUUAUUCGAUUUUGGUUUCGUACAUCAUACAACCCUUCCACAUGAAACUGGAAUCUUGCCAUUUGACAUGUGAUGUCUAUACUUGUUUAUAAGAAGAUGAAUAUUGCAUUCACAUUCAAAAUGAGUAAAGUGUGUCUUACACUGGUACAUUCAUAGAAAUGAUAAACAGGCACAAGGUAUGUUAAACCAAGUCGCUUCGGUCUGUUUUUAUAGCUUUAGUCGAAGUGGAGACACUUUUGAAUACUUAUGGUCAGAUAAUAAACUUUUAUUGGAUCGGAGCACAUUCUGCUUUAACUUAGAGACAGCUCCUCCAAUUGAAAUUGUAUUAUUCCAAUUCAAAUAAGUAAUUUUAUAACUAGGUUUAAACUUUUUAUAUCUUUUAAUUGUUUAGGUAAUUUUCCUCUUGGCUUUUACUGUGCAGGGAAUUAGUUUGCUGUUGAUAUGUAAACUGCCCUUCAUUACACAUACAGCCACCAUGUUCAAUUCUCAUCAUCGUGAAAAUUAUAUAUAACAGAAGUUAAGGAACAAAAACGAAAUUGUUUGCCCCCUGGUGGGCAUUAUGUUUUAUUUCAUUUAGCAGUUCUGGACGUAAAACAUGUAAAAUGUAAAGCAUAAUUACAUUGUUGUGUGAGUCGCAGCUCUGUGGUGUUGUGGGAGAAAGUUGGAGGGAAACGAUCUGAACUUUCCACUCAGAGUGAGUUUUCCAGGAGCCAGUGUAUUUUCCCCAAUAAAUUUUAAAAAGUUAACAUUUUUAUUCAGCAAGGAAAUGCAUAAUAAAAGUAUUAAUUUCAUGAAUUAAUCAAAAUUGUAAGUAAAGACAUUUACAGUGUUACAAAAGGUCACUUUUUCAAAGAAUCAUUUGGCAAUACUUUCAUUUCUGUUCAUGUCACCAGUGUUUGGGGAAAUAGACGAAGCUGCAUGUGCAGAUAAGAAAAUAAGUUAUGUAACAAACAACAAAUGUUAUCUCUGGUAUUUUCUUAACUUGCUUUUUUCCAUCUCAUAUUUUGAAGCAGAAGUGGGUGUUAUUGACCCCCUGUGAGCAGUUUAUGUUAUUUUGCGAUACAUCCACCACAAGUACUGUACGCUUACAUGAGAUUACAGAAGAACCACUUGUGUGUAUCGCCGUCAUUCAGGCUGUGUUCGAGCACACUUACCCUGAGGAGAGACAGGAUGGAUGUACUUGUGAUGUUGUUGGUCUUUCCUCUGCCUGGACUGUGUCACGCUGCAUUGACAAAAAAUGUUGCUCUUGGAGCCAGUGCUGUCCAAUCUUCCACAUACUCUUCCUAUGGAAUGGCAAAUGGAGCUGUAGAUGGAAACAGAGAUGCAGAUGAAAUGUUGUGCACUCGUACUUCACUUCAGAAUGACCCUUGGUGGAGAGUUGACCUGAAGAACGUCUACCAGAUCAGAAGGAUCAUCAUCACUAAUGGUGGAUUGGAGAUGAGUGGCGCUGAGAUCCGUAUCGGCAACGGAUUGACAAACAACGGCAACAACAAUCAGCUGGCUGCAGUGGUCUGGUCCGUCCCACCUGGAGGCACGAGAACAUGUGACUUUAGGCCUAUGGAGGGGCGAUACGUCAACAUUUUUCUCCAUGGGAUGAAUAGAGCUCUCAGUUUGUGUGAGGUUGAGGUUUUUGCAGAAUAUGAUCCCACUUGUGUUCCGGGCAAUCUUGCUCUUGGUGCCAAUGCCGUCCAAUCUUCCAUAAUAGUUGGACGUAUUGCCCAAAAAGCUGUAGAUGGAAAUAGAGAUACCAGACACGAGUCAUGUACUUUCACCAAUUUCGGCAGACCCUCCUGGUGGAGAGUGGACUUGAAGAAAGCCUACAAUAUAAGAAAGGUUACCAUCACUGUUAAUAUUAGUACUAGAUAUAUGGAGUUGGAGGGGGGUCUGAUCCGUAUCGGCAACAGCCUGGAAAACAACGGCAACAACAAUCAGCUCGCUGCAGUACUUCAGAGCAUUCCUGACGGAGGCACAAAAUCGUUUGAGUUCGCACCUGUUAACGGACGAUAUGUCAAUAUUGUAGCUAAACUCCCAUAUCUUGCUCUGUGUGAAGUUGAGGUAUUUUGCCAGUGAGAAAUACAGAGAUGAGAAUGUUUUUAUAUUCAAUAGAACAAUGAUGUUUACAUUACAUCUCAACUUUUUUGUUUCUUAAUUUUUUAAAGAUUUAUUUUCAGUAUUUUUGCCUUUAUUUAGACAGUAGAGCAGGAGAUUCCUUAAGAAGGAAUCAUGUCUCUUGCUAUUCUUUAUUAUUUUCUUUCUGUAAAUUCUGUAUGUAUUAAAAGAAAAUGCAGUACACCCAGAUAUACGUCCUCACCAUUUAGUCAUCUUUUACCCUCAUGCCGUCCGAGAUGUAUACAACUUUCCCUCUUCAGAUGAACACAAACAAAAGUUUUUAGAAAAAUAAAUAAUCUCUGAGAAUACACUCAUGUGUUCCUAAAAGUCCAAGCUUCAAACAGCACAAACAGCAAUAACUACAGUAAUCCACACGACCCCAAUGGAUGAAUCAGUGUCUUCUGAAGUGAAACGAUAAGUGUUUUUAAGAAAAAUACCAAAUAUUUUAAACAUUUUAAACUGUAGACAUGGGAUUCCUUCUUAAAAUUCAUCAGUGGAAAGAUUGAAAAAGGAGAAAAGGAAGAAGAGCAAGAAAAACAAAAAAGGGACAAAACAUGCUACUUUCUGUAUUUGAAAUAAAAAGUUUAUUUUAAAAAAUGUUUUAGAUGAAUAAGAAGUGUUGUAAAUGUGUUUUGAAUUAAGUUGUUUUUCAAAUAAAGGUUUCCGAGUCAGUGAUA